UAAAAAGUCCUGUAGAAAUAUCAAAAUCAUCCUAAAUUAGUUAUUGAGAUAUUAUACUAAAUAGGUACUUAUUUAGGCUAAUUUAUAAUAAUAAUUGCAGAACACUUGUCUUAUGCUAAUAACUUUAUUUUUGAGUAAUCGCUGAGUUGAGUCAUGCACAUUUGAGUAUGAAGUCAUGCACAUUAGGGUUCAUGCUUUGUUAAGUCAAAACAAUAGUGACUCAGCCUAGCGCCGGGGCAGGCAGAGACGCUCCGUUGCAGGUACUUAAGCGCCGCGAGGAAAGCUUGUCAGCCAGUCGAAGCGCAGAGUUCAGAGUGGAAGGUUGUCCAAAAUGUUUCCCGAUUACGAGUACUUCUUUUACCAGUACAAGGGCAUGUGCCCUUUCAGUUGCCUGCCCUUGGAAGUUUUCCAACCGGAUAUUUUGGCCGUGCCCGCCUAUGUGGAAGAUUAUGAAGUGAUAACAUCGGAAUAUUUGCAAAAAGAUGAGCCUAAUGAAGAUGACACGUCGAUCGAGACCUACCCUGUCAGUCCCGUUGCCUCACCUAUCAACGAGCCGCCGUAUCAUUGGACUCAAGCAGUUGCCACGAGACUCGUGCCUGUGGCAGCUGACUUCAAAUUCACUUUCACGAAGACACUCAGUACUGACAGUGACGGUACAGACACUGAUGGUACAGAAGCCGACGGUCACGACGAGCAUUGCGGUCCAAACCCUCCAGCCCCGGUCAAACCGGCGCCCCUGCCUCCUCUUGGCUCUACGCCGAGGAGGCAAUCCCGGAGGAGGCUAAUAAUUAUUACAAAGGUCAGGCGAAUUGACUUCGACGUGCCGGAGGAAUAAUUAGAACGUCCACGGCUGGACAAAGGUCUCCCCGAGGAUGUCUCACGCCUGGCCUGCGGUGCCGUACCC